AUGUCUCUCCUCAACUCAUCUGAAAUGUUGGCGAGUCAAAACGAUUUCAGUCAACCUGGACCAUCAAUGACUUCAACUGACUCUUUAAACGGUAGAAAAAGACCACAUCCAUCAAGAUCUUCUGGUGAAGAUGAUCGCCAAACCGACCUUCCCAACUCCACGGCUCAAAAUGGUUCGAAUACUGAAAUGGUGUUGUCAAGGACGUGUCAAAAUAGUGCAGACACUCCAGCAAAUGCUCCAGAAAGAAUUCUCAAAAAAACCAUGCCGCCAAGAAAGUCUCACAAGAAUACUCCAAUCCCCCAGCAAGAAGAGAACUACCCACCGGGUUAUCCAGACAAGAAAACAUUCCGUGACUCACUGAAACAUCACCCACGGACAAGUCAAGCAUUUGUGGAGGCCUUCAAGAAAGGAGAGCACAUUCAUUUCCACAAUAAAAAAGUGGCUCUGCAUAUCUGGGAAGAUGGACAGAACUACAUGGAGAAGAUUGGAGAUUUCACAGAAGUUCACCUCUUCAAAUCCCGUGAAGGACUCGAUAUGAAAGUGCCGAAGGAAUUAGGAUUCGAUACCCUCACUGAUUAUAUUCCAGCGGAUGAGUCGAUCAAUGUGAUUGAUGGGUAUAGUGGUGGGUCCCAAGAUAUGACAAUGGGAGAUCUUCUGGAAGAGUUCAAAAAGGAGAUCCGGACUCACACAUACAACGUUUUGAGUCUGGAAUUUUCAGAAAUAAAUGGACUCAACAAAAAGUUCAACGAGCCCGCCUUCGUCCGCCAGUCAUCUAUAGUCAAUGUGCUGGAGACUGUGUUGAAGAGAAAAGCGGAUGAAAUCGAAAGACGACUCAAGAGGAACUACAAAAAUCCAAAAGAGCUCGCCGAACUUCUCCACGACAAGUAUUACUACGAGGCAAAAUUGAAGAAUCUUCCAUCGUAUCAAAAGUUCUUGUUGGUUUCCAUGAAGAAUGCCUUCACCGACAUUCACGUGGAUUUGUCGGCCACAGCGGUCUAUUACCACGUUAAGAAAGGUCGAAAAGUCUUCUACGUCGCUCCGCCCACCGCUCGAAAUCUCGAGAUCUACAAACGCUAUGAGACAGCUCCCCAAGACGACGACGUCUGGAUUGGGGAAGCGCUUUUCGAUCAAUGGAAGCGAGUGGAGAUCAAGGAAGGAUUCACGGCAAUCAUUCCUGCGGGGUGGAUUCAUUUCGUCUACACCCCCGAGGAUUCGAUUGUCGUCGGAGGCAAUUUCUUGAUGAAUCAAUAUUUGGACAAACAUUUCGAGUUUACCGAAAUGGAAAAUACAAGUGUAGAGCUCAAUGUCAUCGACCGGAGCAACAUGUUCCGCGGCUUCUACAAUGUAAUGUGGGGAUACGCCGAUGAAGUUUUGCUCAGGAAUCUGAAGAACCCCCGACUAGCAUUUGGCACGUAUAAUAUUGCCAACGACCUGCACAAAUGUCUCGAGUCGCUGGAUCUCGACAAGGAAAUGGAGCCAGAAUUCGACUGGUAUACGAAGAAAGAAAAGGAGGAUAUUCUGGUAGAGAUGAAUGAGGCGCUGAAUAAAUAUCUGGCCAAGAAGAUGCCGCCCCAGCCAGAGACCCAGAUGAUUCCGAUCCCCAAGAUGACGGAAUAUGGAGAAGUGAUCUUCUAUUUGGAUAGAGACAAUCUUGCUCAAUAUAACGAUGCUUUUAAAAUAUUUUUGUUCACGAAUUAA